AUGACUAUUGACUAUACGGCUAGAAAACUUUUCGAUAAGUUCAACAUCGAUACAAAACAGUGGUCAUAUUCACGUUUAACUGUUGCAGUACUAGCACAUGAAUCUCUUGGUGUUGGAUUGUUGGUUGGAUUCUGGGUGAUAUGUUAUAAAAAGCAGCCACUGAAGUAUCUCACCUUACUUACCCCUGUAAGCAUUCAAGUAUUUACUCAAAGAUUAAAUUGGUCAGCACGAAGACUUCGUCGACUACCGUGGCUCCUUUCUUCACGAACAGAUCCUAACCGGAUCCUUAUCAGUGGAGCAGAGAGCUACGUCAUUCGCAAAUUACUAUCACCUUUUACUAUCCCUGCGAAGAUAUAUCUGGCAGUUGUGGUUUCCAGAUUUCUGUGUUGA